UUGGAAUUUCUCACUUCCUUUUCGCAGUGAAACCACAGCAGCCGCAACACGUCUGAGGAAACGGUGCCCUGUUCGGAUAUUGCAGCACUUUUAUCUGCUUCCACUUAAGGAGGAUGGCGGCUGAACUGAGCCUCAAGCUGAAGGAAAAACACGCCUUUUUAAACUCUCUCAGGGAUUAUGAGCUGCUUUUCUGACCUGCAAUGGAAGAUUUUAGGAAAAACUUCAGAGGAAUGCUCAGCUUCAGGUUUGUCUACAUUUUCACCUACAACUUGUUCCAGUUCUGCGGUCACACGUGGAUCCUGGCUAACACCAUUACAAGGUUUUUCACGUUUGGGACAGAUGCUUUGGCGGACACCUUCUACUCGGUUGGCUUUGUGAUGAGCCUGUGCCAGCUCCUGUCAGUGCUGGAGCUUUUCCACAUCGCCGACGGCAUCGAGAAAGCCAGACUUCUUCCUCGCUUCGUUCAGGUCAUGGAGAAGAACAUUUUGUUGAUCGUGGUCACCAUGUGUGAAGACAUUCAAAGAGAGCCAGUAGUGUGUGUGCAGUUCUUCCUGUGGAACAUUCUGGACCUCCUGCGGUACCCCCAUGAGCUGCUGUGUGUUGUGGCCACCCCCUCCAUCACCAUGCUGCAGACGCGCUAUUCUCUCUGGAUCCCCUUAUACACCCUGUCAGUCAUCAAUGAAGGCGCUGUGAUCAACCGGGCUCUAACCUUCACUGAACCAGCAGCCUUGACCUGCCCACAUUUCCAGAUCUCUCUCUCCUCCAUGAUCUAUCUGCCUGUUCUUGCAAUCGGAGCUGGUAUGACAGUGUGGCAGCUCCUGAAGGAGAGACGGUACCAUCUGGACAGAUGGAACAAGAGGAGGAAGAGGAAGUGAUGGAGGCGCCGCUGUCUUUGUUCCUCUGCUUUAUUGUAUGAAUCACAUUAAAGGAAACGUUGAAGUAA